AUGCCGGAUUACAAACUUCAUUAUUUUGAUACUCGAGCUAGGGCCGAGGUCGCAAGGAUCCUAUUUGCCGCAGCCGGACAACCUUUUGAAGAUGUGCGAUAUACACCUGAACAGUGGGUUGUGUUCAAACCAAAGACUCCAUUUGGACAGCUACCAUGUUUAGAAGUUGAUGGAAAACUUUAUGGUCAGUCUAAUGCUAUCAAUUCUUAUUUAGCUCGAAAGUUUGGAUUCCAUGGUAAAACCAAUAUAGAAGCUUUACAGAUAGAUGUAGUUAUUGGUGUUCAAAAUGAUUUAACGAGCGUCAUGAUCAAAUAUUUUACAGAAACUGAUGAACAAAAGAGGAAAGAAUUGAAAGAAAAAUUAUUGAAGGAAGAUGCCCCAAAAUUCUUGGGAAAUUUUGAAAAGUUACUUCAAGAUAAUGGAUAUUACGUGGGUAAUUCGGUUACAGUAGCGGAGAUAGCUGUAAAUGAUCUGAUAGAUUAUCUUUUACUUGAAAAUCCUGACGUUUUAAAAUCUUACACCAAGUUAACUCAGAUGCGUAAAAAUCUCGAGGCUCAUUCCAAGAUUGGACCAUAUUACAAAAUUCGGAAAUAG